AUGCGGUCGAAAAGCACACAACAGGCCGCGAAAGCGGACGGGAUUGUGCUCGACACGGGUGCCUCGCAUGUCUGUAUCGCUUGUGUACCGACGCAUGGUGCACCGCAUAGCUGGGCCAUGCCCAACGCGAUUGCACGGACGCGCCCCGGCGUGCGGCGGCAAGUGUUGGUCGCCGACCAAAUCGAGACCGCGUGCAUGGACUACGGCGGACUCCAGCUGCGCCUUCCGAUCGACCGCGGAUUUGUUGUAGAUUGGGCAGCGCAAAAGAAUGUAUGGGAUCGCGCGAUUGCGGUUGCUCUUGGGAUGAAAGACGCGCCGGCGUACGACUCGUUUGGCGCAUUCGAAAAUAGGAUCGUGAUCGUCACAGAACCGUACUUUGCACUUCCCGAGCAGCAGCGCGCAUUUGAUGCACUUAUGUUUGAAUGGUACCAAGCAGACGCGAUAUGGCGCACGAUACCCGCGCAGCUCGCUCCGUUCGCCGAGCUUGGAGAGAAACAACGCCCGGAGGCGGUGCUCGUGGUCGAUUGUGGGCACAGUUAUACCCAUGCAGCCCCAAUCGUACACGAUCGUGUACAAUGGAGCGCAGUGCGGCGCCUCGAUGUGGGUGGAAAAGUGCUCACGAGCCUCUUAAAAAUGAUGUUUUCUUUCCGCCAGUGGAAUAUGAUGGAGGAGACGUACCUUACCGACAAAAUGAAGGACACAUCGUGCUUUGUCGCGGCACGCGCAUACGAUUCCGAACCCCGGCCGGUACAGGAUACUGCGCCGCACGACUGGAGCUUUGCGCAGCUGGUCGAGCUAUUCCAUGAAGAUCCGGAGAAUGGCGUGCUGCAGCAGUAUGUGCUCCCUGACUAUGCACGCCCUGAAGACGUCGCAGAUCACAAGACCAAGUACGGCUACGUGGUUUCGGGGCCUGGUGCACUACAUGCCACUGUUCCAAGCACCGACGUGGAAGAGGUUAUGCUGGACAAUUUCAUUUGCGCCGACACGCAGCAGCGCCAGCCGAUCGGCGCAGAGCACCAAGUCCUGCGCUUGGGCCAGGAGCGGUGCCAGGUGAUGGAAACGCUGUUUGCGCCGCAGCGAAUCGGACUCACGCAGGGAUCGCUUGCGGAACUCAUCGCAGAUGCAAUCCAAAACACACCUGAAGAGGUCCAACCUGCGCUAUGGGCGAAUAUUCUGCUCAUGGGUGGGACGGCAAAUGCCAAAGGCCUGCGUAGACGGCUGGCGCAUGAACUACGUAUGCUUGCGCCGGACGAUGUCCCUGUCUCUGUGCACAUUGCCAGGGAUCCUGUUUCGGCGCCUGUCCAUGGCGCUGCGUCGCUUUUGCAAGCCGCGCCAAAUUCAGCUGCAGGACGCUUUCUCGCUUCGCAUCUCAUGACAAGGGAUGCGUGGUACAGCGCUGGCGGCAGCUCUGUCGUACCUGGCGAGCGCGCAGGUACGAAGCUGAGCGACGCGCGCUUCGAUGGAUGGAACGCAGGGAUGGUGUAA